AUGACAUGCACAUUAAGGAGGCGCAUGUUUGGCUUCUAUCGGUUCAUGGUGAAUUCUACCGAAGAGGCCAGAGUGAACACUACAAUAGAACACAGCGUUCAGAUCCCGUCCUCGGCUCUUAAGAAAAGCAGAGGGAACUCAACUGAUGAGGACGUCCUGCUGCUGACCACUGUCAUCAGCAGCAGCUUUUUUAAGAACAUUACCUCUAGGAACCUACGAAGGAAAAGAAGCCAACCACUUUCUAAACAGCCAGUCAAGAUCAAAGGCACCGUUUUAAGGGACCAAGUCCUGGUUGUGAAGGCAGGAAACACCCCAGUCAAAAACCUCACCGAACCCAUCAGGUUAAUCUUCAACCGCAAACAAACGGUGGGAAACGGAACCUGUGUGUUCUGGCAGGAUCCAGAGAGUGGCAACAAAACAGGUCGAUGGAGCACAGAGGGCUGUGAAACUAGUAGCACUGCUAAUGAAUUUCAUUGCCGUUGCAAUCACCUGAGCUUCUUUGCUGUGCUUGUGAACCCCAACAUAUCCAUAGAUAAAAAGGAUGCCAAAAGUCUGGAGUAUAUCACCUACGUUGGAUCGGCGGUGUCUGCCCUCUUUCUAUUCAUCAGCUUGUUCAUCUACAUUGGCCUGCAUCGCCGACGUCCCGAGAAGGCCAUUCGCAUGCACAUACAGCUAUCCGUGGCACUGCUUUGCCUCCAUCUGGGAUUCCUCUUCUGCAGUUUCUGGCUAUUGCUGCUGAAGGAGGUGGAAGUCGGCUGGGUUUGCAAAAGCCUGGGCCUCUUUUUACACUGGUCCCUGCUUGCCACCUUCACCUGGAUAGCUCUGGAGGGGUUCCACCUCUACCUCCUUCUCGUCCGCGUCUUUAACAUCUACGUCCAGAGAUACCUGCUCAAGCUCAGCGUGGUGGGAUGGGGCCUUCCUACAUUGGCUGUAGCAGCGUGUGGGAUUUGUGGCGUUUAUGGCAAAUCCAGUCUGGUGAUCAGAGAUUCCCAGAACAACACGUCCACGUCACAAAUCUGUUGGUUGAGCAGCGAUUUCCCGCAGAGGCACAUAGUCAGCUACAGCACUGUGGCCUUUCUCUGUCUCGUGAUCCUGUGUAAUUCCUGCAUGCUGGGGCUGGUGGUGUUCAAGCUGUGGCGGAUAAGGGUCGGUCAGGGUGGUUACGAAAGCAGCAGCGACUGGAAGAAGAUGACAAAGGAGGCCGGGCCUCGGAUAUGGAAGGAUUGCGUCACAGUGCUGGGCCUCAGCUGCGUGCUGGGCUUACCGUGGGGGCUUGCCAGCACCACAUACGUUUCUACACUCGGGAUCUACAUCUUCACAAUAUUCAACUCCCUGCAGGGCUUGUUUACGUUCCUGUGGGCUUUGGCUUUGUCCUGCAAGUCUCGAACAGACGGAAACUCAUCUGUCAAAGACCCUUCCUCUCAGAAAAUGAUGACCACCAGUUUCAACAACUGACAUUUGCAGGACAGAUGACAAAUGCAUAUCAUUCAUUACCUAUAUUAGAUGCUGAUUGACUUUUAGACUCCAGUUGUAUGCAGCUGAACAUAUAACAACAAGUCCUAUAGAUUUUUUACUUUUGGGGAAGAAAAACAAAUGAUUACUUUUUUAGGAAUCCUUUUUAUUGAGACGCCCUGUGGAAGCAGAAUAAAGACAAUCACAAUGUCAGUUUAUACAUUUUUAAGACUUUAUACGCUCUAUUAAGAUGCUGAAAUUAAACAAAAAGAGUCCAAUAUAUGCUUUUAAUUUGUCCAUUGUUUUUCAUCUUUGUUCCCUGGUAUAAGAAUAUAUGUUGUAAGAAACUAAAAAAUACCUUUAAAUCCAUACACCAGAAAUGUAUAUAUUCACUUUCUAUACCAGCAUUGCCAUGAUCAGUAUUAUGACAGGAACUGGAUCCUUUUCAAGAUUAGAUCCCUUGCACAAGUGGAUAUGUUUUUUAUUUCAAGGAGAGUCUUUUUUACUGUAAAAUUUUGGAUGUUUUCAACGAACCCUCAUUGGUUGCUCAGGAGAAAGAAAAAGAGCGGUCAUCUGUCAACCAGAAAGCCAAUGAAUCAUCUCUGAGCUUCUUUGUAAAACACCCUUUACACAAGACACUGAAUGUCGCGUUGCCUACAGUGUUUCAAUGGGUUUUUAAUGCUUAGAACAAAGCAAUGUUGCAUAUGUUGUAAAAGCACUUUGAGUGGUCAGCUAAACCAUAUAAGUAUAGUCAAUUUCUCAUUAUAUAUACAUUUUAUUUAUUUCUCUAUGUUCGUUAAAGUUUCGAUUUAGCUAAAUCAGCUUUAAAUAUUUUAUUAAAAGCUUAGGAGAGAUAUUUGGACCAGCCUGGUUUAUCUUCUUUAAAGUUUUUUAUUUUAUGUUGACUUAUUCAUGUUGGGUUAUUUUUAGCAUAUUCAAAUAAAAGAAUUACCACAAAA